CGGGGCCGGCCAGCGUCCGCCCGCACUCACUCACUCCGGCUCCGCCAGGAAGUGACUCCGCAGUUACACCGCGGGGAGGCAGAACCGAUUCACCCCCCGGCUGCUUCGCCACCCACCUCGCCCCCGAACCAGGCCCGCGGCUUGUCCUGCGCGCAGAGCGCGGGCUGCUCCGCCCGGGCAGACAGCGGGAGGCGGGGGCAGGGCCGGCCGGCCGAGCGGCCAUACAACGCAGGGGCGCCCGCCCACCGUGCCUGGGCAAGUCCCCCGCCCGCCGCCGCUGUCUCGGCGCCCGCCCGCAGCUGAGCUCCCCGCCGCAGCCUUCCCCCGGAUUUGCACCGCGCGCUAGUCCAGGGCAGGGCAGGGGAGGCGGCGGCGGCGCAGCCCCAGCGCUUGGAGCGGGCGGCCGGCCCCAGCCGAGCCGGGAGAUGAGCGAGAGUUGCGGGUUUCCUUUGCCUGAUCUGUAAACAUGUCCACUGAUCUGCUAUGGUGUGAGGACUGCGGCAAAAGCCUUAUAGGAGAAUGUAAACUCCAUGGACCACUCAUCAGGGUUAAAGACAGGGUUAUUCCCAGUCGAGCCCGCCUUACCCUACCUCACUACCUCACUUUGCGAGUGCUGGAGCUGCGAGCUGGGAACCAACAGAUCCUUGGAGUGUUUGCUAAGAAAGUUAUACAGAAGAGAACACAGUUUGGUCCUUACGUUGGGAAACUAUCUACAAAACUUACCCACUAUGAUGACAACAGGCUAGUUCUACAGGUAUUGAAAGAUGACGGAAAGUACUUUCUGGAUGCUUCCAAUGAAGACACUGGUAACUGGAUGAUGUUUGUCCGACUGGCCCGGAACCAGGAAGAACAGACCCUUGUAGCCUAUCAGUACGCUGGAGAAGUCUACUUCACAACUGUUAAGAGUAGCCAUGGAGUUGGUCACAGAGAAAGCUAUUUCCUACAGCCAAUUGAACCCCACACAGAAUUAAAAGUGUGGUAUGCUGCAGAUUACGCCAAGUUUAUGGAAGCUUCUGCAGUUGUCAUCAAAGAAGAGUCUGAUAGCUGUGCUUUAUCACCAGUUUUAACAACAAGAGAGUGUGCCGACGCCUGGAUAUGCUCCAAUUGUAGUAACGUUUUUGGGACUUUAGCUCUGCUGGAAUCUCACCAAUGCACCAGUAAAGACAAAGCACUUCUCACCAGCUUCAGAGCAGCAAAUAAAUUAGAACCUCUAAAAGCCAAGGGCAAAACCAAAGGCAAACUGAGUGAAACUGGCUUGGGCACAAGCAUUGUCCAGUGCUAUGGGGCCAUUUCCUGUUCCCCUAGUGCAAAGUCUACCUGUGCCAGCUCAGGAAGUGUUUGCGGUUCCAUUGUGAGGUUUGUGCCUACAUGGAGAAAUGAUCAGUCUUCACUACUAAAGGAAAGAGAAGCGAAGCAGCCAGACAGUUAUCACUGCCGAUUCUGCGGGAAGAUAUUUGUUUCUGUUGAAAAGCUCACAGCCCACACUUACGCCCACACAGGAGAGCGUCCCUACAGGUGUUCCCAGCCAGGAUGCAUGAAAGCUUUCAUUUCCAAAUAUAAACUGAUAAGGCACUCGGCCACCCACUCUCCACAGAAAUCUCACCAAUGUGGUUACUGUGAAAAGACCUUCCACAGAAAGGACCAUCUGAAAAAUCACCUUCAGACUCACGAUCCCAACAAAAUGGCCUUCAAGUGUGAAGCCUGUGGCAAGAAGUACAACACCAAGCUGGGUUACAAACGACACCUGGCUCUUCAUGCAGCCACCAGUGGGGACCUUACCUGCAGGAUGUGCUCCCAAGAGUUCGGAGGCACAGAAGUGUUGUUAGAACACCUCAAAACUCACGCAGGGAAGCCAGGCAGCAGCACCAAGGAAAAGAAACAUAAGUGUGACCAUUGUGAACGCUGUUUCUACACCCGCAAAGAUGUGCGGCGUCACAUGGUGGUUCACACAGGCUGCAAGGACUUCUUCUGCCAGUUUUGUGCCCAGAGAUUUGGGCGCAAGGACCACUUGACUCGCCACAUGAAGAAAACACAUGCACAAGAGCUGCUGAAGGGCAGGUUGCAGAAUGGUGACUUUCAGGGUCUCUUUGACCCUCUCUCUCCAUUCAGACUGAAGGAAGAUGCCAGUAUCCUGUCCUCUUUUCCUGAGAGGGCUUCUAUGCAGCAUGGGAUUCUGAACACAUUGGAAGCAGAAGAGUAUAGCAACCCACAUAUUCACUGUCAACAAAGCCUACAGUCUACUCAUCCUCUGGAACCUCCUCACUUGCUAAGGAUGAGCUGUGUAGAUAGUCUCUCAGCCACUCAUUCUAAACCAUCUUCACCAUCAAUUCCUACCAACCAGAAUCUUCAUCAGCACAACAAAUAUGAACUGAGUACUACCUCAUUUGCACCAGCAUCCCUCAAAAACCUACCCAUCGAAGUGGAUGUUAAAGCUCAUAAUGUGAACUUGCUCGAGGACCUGCCUUUACCAGAACCUCACAAAGUCAAUCUGGAAGAAGCUUCCUCGGGGGGUGCAGGCGAUGCUGGCAAGUACAUAUUGCACAAGGAGACUGUGACAACAGUUGAAUCUAUUAGCAUGCCCUCCAUGGAUCUUACUCAUAUACUGGGUUUCUGGCAGUUCCCUCAGAGUGAUAACCAGAAUAACAGUGGGGACAUCACAAUGGCAUUUGGUCAUGAGGAAGCACCACACAGGCUGAGCUGCCUCAGCCAACAGCAAGGUGCACAGCUAGCUCUGGGUGGAGUGGCCCUAAACCAGCUUCAUCCCCAUUCUUUUUCAUCCAGUACAAAUUCUGUAACAUUGCCUCAUUUUCACCAUGCCUUCAGAUAACUACCAUCUUUUUUAGGGCUCCUUUUCAUACCCAGAUUUCUGAAGGAGAAAAGCCCCAAACCAUUUAAGAACUUUUAAAAAGGACAUUAUAAACAUUGUAGAAUGUUCCAGGAAGUAACAGAGUGAAUAGAUGUAUUUUAUCUAAUACUUACUAGUUUCAUAGCAUAUGACACUUGCAACAAUGCCAUCUUUUCUGCUCAAUACCCUCCAUGUUUUCACACUUAAACUAAAUAGCUGAACUAGUGUUCUUCAAUGGAAAUACAAAUGUAUCUAGAACAUGCACAAAACGUGAUGGCUGCUAUGGGGGUGAGGGUGGGAAACAUAACUUUUUAAAUGAGCCAUGACUCGCAGUUAGUUUAUACAAAUGACUUGAACAUUGUUCAUAUGUAGAAUCUAGGAGGGUCCAGUAGGUUUUAAUGGCAAGCACUUAAUCACUGAGCUUUAAGAAUUUUUAAUUUAAGUUGUGACUUCCUUCAAUUAUUUUAUCUCCUCUCGCUUUUUUAAAAACAAAAUAUUUGCUCUGGUGAUUAGGUUGAACUCAAAUUUGUUUUUUUUGAAGUGCACUUCCGCUGUGUGUGGAGAUACGGUGUUUUCUCCGGGGCUGGAAAUAACUACCACUGUCGUAGCCUAAGAAUAAAUGUCUUGUAUAAAUGGCUUUUUCUGAAGAGGAAGUAUAUGGUUAAGACGACACAUUAAUUUUCAUUUAGACCUUGAUCCUGCAAGAUGCUAGGCAUUCUGGGCCUAAUCCAAGAAAGCACUUAAGCCUAAACUUAGCUUGAAGCACGAGUAGUCCCACUGACGCCAGCACUCAGCCCCUCGCACAAUCUAACUCUCAGGCUAUGUCUACACUAGCACUUUUUUGUCAGCAAAACUACACUCCAACCAACAAAAGCACCAGUGUAGACAGCACUAUGUCAGCAGGAGAUACGUCCCGCCGACAUAUCUACCAUUGCUCAUUGGAGGUGUUUUAAUUAUGCCGGCGGGAGAGCUCUCUCCCGCUGGCAUAGAGCAACUACAGAGGAGACCUUACAGCUGUGCUGCUGUACAGUCUGUAGUGUAGACACAGCCUCAGGAAAGAUUAUGUUCCCCAUCCAAGCAAGCUCUGUUCACUUUUGGUUGAUAAUGAUGGCCUUUGUUUAGUCCAGGAAAGUGGUAAUUCAUCGUGAAAACAAUGAGGAGUCUGGUAGCAUACAGACUAAUACGGCUACCCCUCUGAUACUUAUUCAUUGUAACAAUCUGUAGCAUAAAUGUUCCUUGGCAGCUAAACUACUCUAGCAACAUAAGCUUGAUGUUACAGUCCUCCACAUAUGCAUGGUAGCUCUUGUUGCAGUCAAUGACUGGUCUAAAGUCCUUCUGGAUGCAAGACCAGAGAAGGUCCCACCGUGUCUCUUCCACAGCUACAAAUAGUGUCAAACUCCCACUAAAGUUGGAUAAAUAUAUGGCAGGUAUGAAAAUGUUAAGUAAUUUUAUAUUCAUGGUUUCAGCACAGUAGUAAUUAACAAGUUAUAUCUAGCCAUUAAGUUACAUUUGUUUGUAUAAACCAAAACAGAAAUAUGCUCUUUUUUGUUUGUGUUUUGUUUUUGUAAAUUGUCUAUAUAUAGUUCCUUUCUAAAAGUCUUCAGGUGUCAAAGUGCCAUCAGCUGACAAGACCUGGUGAACUCAUGCAAAUUGGAAAAGAUACCACUCUAUUUUUUUUUUU